CAAACCAAAAUAAAACGUAGGCUAAUCCAAGUCUGCCGUUUUCUUCUUCCUCCUCUACUCGGUUCUUUCUCUUUUCUCGUGAGAAAGUCGGAUUCAAGGUCGCUGAUUACGGGUGUUAAAGGUGAUAAAGGCGGAAGAGUUACGGGAGUUGGCGCUGUGAGGAAUGACCGACGACUGCUAAAAGCUUGGAGUGACCGGCGACCGGCGGCUGCGGUGUUGAAGAAAAGAGCGGCGACAGCUGAAAGCUAGGAGAACCCCCGACGGACGGCUGGCUUUGGGUGAAUUGCUCCCAAAACCUCUACGUUUGGCGUCGAAACAAUUUUGCCUGCACCGAUCUAAUAUCUUGGCUCCGCCCCUGGCCGUGGCCACCCAAAUCAUUUUUCCGAUGCCUUCAAUGGAUUCUGGUAACUUCAAGCAGAGCCAACACAAUUCUAAUAUCAAUAAACCCAAAUCAGAGCACUUUGCCAGGAGGCAGAAUAUUGAACAGCAGAGAAAAGCUCUGCCAAUUGCUGCUGUUGAAAAAUUACUUUUGGAGGAGGUUAGGAAUAAUGACACACUGAUAAUUGUUGGUGAAACUGGCAGCGGGAAGACAACACAAUUGCCCCAGUAUCUUAAUAACGGAGGUUUCUGUCGCGAUGGUGGGAUAAUUGGGAUAACUCAGCCUAGACGUGUUGCUGCUGUCACUGUUGCAAAACGGGUUGCUGAAGAAUGUGGAGUUGCGUUGGGCCAAAAAGUUGGAUAUGCCAUUAGAUUUGAGGAUGUGACUUCCAGCUCAACAAGGAUCAAAUAUAUGACAGACGGAUUGCUAUUAAGGGAAGCAUUACUUGAUUCGUACCUCUCCAAGUAUUCUGUUAUUAUCGUUGAUGAGGCUCAUGAGAGAACUGUCCACACUGAUGUAUUGCUUGGCUUGUUGAAGACUGUACAAAAGACGAGGUCGAAAGGUGUAAGUGAUGCAGUCAAGAAUGGCAUGCCGUUGGAAAAACAUAAUGGUUCCAAAGUUUUCAGUACUCUUAAGCAGUGCCGAGGCAAGAAAUUGUCUCCUCUGAAGAUUAUUAUAAUGUCUGCCAGUCUAGAUGCACGGGUUUUUUCCGAGUACUUUGGUGGUGCUAGAGCUGUGCAUGUGCAGGGUAGACAGUACCCUGUUGACAUACUCUAUACUCGUCAACCUGAGACUGAUUAUGUAGAUGCAACUUUGAUUACCAUAUUUCAGAUACAUAUGGAGGAAGGUCCUGGCGAUAUACUUGUGUUCUUGACUGGCCAAGAAGAAAUAGAAUCUGCGGAAAGGCUUGUCCAUGAGCGCCUUCCGCAAUUGUCUGAAAGCAAACGGAAGCUUUUGACCUUUCCAAUAUUUUCAUCUCUUCCAUCAGAGAAACAAAUGAAAGUUUUCAUGCCUACCCCAAUUGGGUUUCGAAAGGUAAUAUUAGCCACCAAUAUUGCUGAGACGUCAGUAACAAUACCAGGAAUCAAGUAUGUCAUUGACCCUGGAAUGGUGAAAGUACGCACGUACGAGGCAUCUACAGGGAUUGAACCAUUAAUCAUCGUCAAAACUUCAAAAGCACAAGCAGUUCAGAGGAGUGGACGUGCAGGCCGUGAAGGACCUGGGAAAUGCUACCGUCUUUACCCAGAGAGUGAAUUUGAUAAGCUCAAGGAUUCCACGACACCUGAAAUUAAAAGAUGUAACCUAUCAAAUGUUAUUUUGCAUCUUAAAGCUCUAGGCGUUGAUGAUAUUAUUGGCUUUGACUUCAUUGAACAACCAGACAGGAUUGCUAUCAUCAAGUCGAUGGAGUUGUUAUUCUUGUUAGGUGCUCUGACGGAUGAAAGUAAAUUGUCUGAUCCAGUGGGGCAAAGGAUGGCCAGGCUUCCACUGGAUCCUAUUUAUUCCAAGGCUCUCAUUAUUGCCAGUGAAUUUAACUGCUUGGAAGAAAUGUUAAUAGUUGUUGCAAUGCUCUCUGUGGAAUCUAUCUUUUAUGCUCCCCGUGAAAAGUUAGAAGAGUCUCGAAUUGCUUUAAAAAGCUUCUCAAGUCCAGAGGGGGAUCAUUUGACUUUGCUGAAUGUAUAUCGUGCUUCUGACGAGUUCUUGCAGAAGAGCAACUUAGUGAACAGUAAAGAAAAAGCCGAAAAAAAUCUCAGAAAAUGGUGCAAGGAAAAUUUUAUCAAUAGCCGAUCCCUCAAGCAUGCUCGUGACAUCCACAGUCAAAUACAGAGGAAUGCGGAACAAAUGAAUCUCCAUGUCACUUCAUGUGGAGACGACAUGCUUCCUUUUCGCAGAUGCCUUGCUGCUUCCUUUUUUCUUAAUGCAGCUUUGAAGCAGCCUGAUGGUACAUACAGGGCUUUGUCAAGUGGUCUUACAGUGCAAAUCCAUCCGUCAUCUGUUUUAUUCCGGACGAAACCUGAGUGCAUUAUCUUUGAUGAAUUAGUUCGAACUAAUCAUAAUUAUAUUCGAAACAUUUCUAGAAUAGAUUACUUGUGGUUAGCUGAGCUGGCUCCUCAAUGUUAUGCCCUGCAGGAAUAGGAAUCGAAGUUCCAUGGGAGCAGAGAGAGAGAGAGAGAGAGAGAGAGCAUUUGCUUAUCUUUGCUCCCUAUUGAUGGGGAUUUGCAUUUGAAGCUGGGCUUUCAUGCUAGGAGCAAUCUUUAUGGUUGCCUCAUGGAGAACAAGUUUAAAACGCAUGCUUCAACAGAUGGGAUAAACUCGGUGAACAUUUAGGACGAAAUGUUUAAAUGCUUCUGCCUGACCUUUACUGAAUAUAGAUGCAAUGGUUUGUGAAAGCAUUUGCAAAUGGCGUCAUUGGUGAUGGAGAAUGCUUUUGCUAUAGCAAGUGGAUCUUUGCAUCGUUUAAAUGAUAUUCAUCGAAGAGCACGUGUAGGUAGGAUGAUGUAGCUACUCUAAGGGCACAUUGAGACAAGAUAUCCUUUUCUAUAGCAUUAUAAAGAUCUCAAGUUUUCAUUUUUCACUAUCUUGGUCAGUUUGAUUCGUCUUCUUCUCUAAAGAACAAGGCACUAGGCAACAUUGUAUUUAUUGUAAGUGGAUUAUGGAAAAUAUAGUUGUCAAUGUAUGGCUUUUCUUGCAUACAGGGUUACACAAGUAAAAUU